AGAGAGAGAGAGAGAGAGAGAGAUAGGAGGGGUUUAUAGGGUGGGUUUAGUAGUCAUUGUUAGGCGGCGCGUCUCACAGCGGACUACCGGCGGAGUGCGUGUGUGUGCGUGUGGGCCAAGUGUAAUGAGUAAAAGCAUCAGACGCCUCAGCUGUUGAUACAGCCGGGAGUGUGUGUGAGCGAGAGAGAGAGAGAGAGAGAGAGAGAGAGUGUGAGAGAGAGAGAGGGAGCGUGAGAGGAGAAGUGCAGAAAAGGAAGGCAAAAGAAGGCGGAAAAAAAGAGAAGAGAGAAGGAAAAAAAGGAUACUCCAAGUAUGCUGUGCUGUAUAAGAAGAACAAAGCCGGUGGAGAAGAACGAAGAGGCUGACCAGGAGAUCAAACAGGAUGGCACCAAACCAGAAGACAAAGCCCACAAGGCGGCCACCAAGAUCCAGGCCAGCUUCCGGGGACACAUAAUCCGGAAAAAAAUGAAGGACGACGGCAAGGAGGAGGACAGUCCGGCCGCCCCAGAGGCGGCAGAGGCCGACGCGGCCGAGGCAACCGCUGAGGCGCCCAAGGAAGGGGAUGGCGAGGAGGAGAAGAAGAAGGAGGAAGCCACUUCUCCUGCCGCGGAGAAACCGGCCGAGGAAGCUGGCGAUGAGAAGGCCAAAAGCCCCGUGACCGAGCCACCCGCUAACUCUCCGGCUGCGGCCGACGAAGGCAAGGCCGAAGCUCCUGCGGCCACCUCCCCCUCAGAACCACCUGCCAAGGAGGAGGCGAAGGAAGCGGAGAAACCCGGUGAAGCCCCCGCCGCCGAGGCCGAGAAACCCGCCGAGAAUGUAAACGCUGACAAGAAGGAGGAGGAGGAGAAGGCGGAAGCCAAACAAGCCGACGUGCCUGCCGCUGCUAGCGAGACAGCUGAUUGUGAGGAAGCAAACCAAACACAAGACAAAAGAUGCUGCAGACGACUCCGAGCCAGCAGACGGCGCUGUUUCGGAAGCGGGCAAGGAAGAAGACAAGGACGAGAACGCUUAAGAAGAUGAUGCAAAGUUGUAAAAUGGUAACAAAUAAUUACGAAAAGGUUGCUCUUUGCCCUCUGAUUGUGGAACAAAACAGUCAGUUUUUAUUUGUUUGUCCUAUUUUUUU